AUGGGCCUCCCCACGCUACCUGCCGAGAUCUUUGACGAAAUCAUCCAUGUGAUAGCCCACGAUUGGGACCAUGGCCCAUUCGCGGUAGUUGAAGACCAGGAAUAUGGCUCUGACAUGUCUUGGUUUCUGAAACGCUUUGAUUAUGUUGUCAUGGAUCAGUUCCUUAUGGCAGCCAAGGGCCUGAACUUGAUACUCUAUAAGGGCUUACUUAGCAUGGAGCCAGUGGGGUCCGCGCUGGCGAUGGUGGAACGAUUACUCCGGCUGCUCGCAAACAGCUGCUUGCAGAAUACGACGAGGCGGAAUCGUCGCUACAUCUCCGCCAACGCAAUUGCCGUAGGCACAAAGGCGGCUGUGAAUUCGCUUGCGCAACCGGGUAGUCAGGAUGGAGAGGACCCCGACACAAUACGACGGAUGUAUUUUGACGCGUUAGUCGCCAUUAAUAUGGUCCACAUGCGGUUGAGACUCAGGAACCUGCUACAGGAGGACUACAGUGAAGAGGGUGUCCUCGAAGAAAAGAAGCAAGAGUCAUCGACUGUCCUGGCGCUGGCGGCGGCGGCAUAUUUGGGUCGCAUUGACCACAUGGAGCGACUGAUCGCAAUGGGUGCAGACAUCCAGGGCAAUCCCAGCAAUGAGUGGACCUGCCCGCCAGUUAUGGCUGCUGCCCUUGGCGGACAGGUGAAGACCCUGGAACAUAUUAGUCGGUGUCGUAUUGAUCUUGCCGGUCAGACAGACCCAAACGGAAACGGCGCGCUCCACUUUGCGGCCAUGGGCGGCCAUACAGAGACAGUGAAGUAUCUGAUCAAGGCUGGGGCAGAACCCGAUUCUCAAAACAAAAGCUCAGAGCGACCGAUCAACUGGGCGGUUGGGGCGGGCCAGCUGCAUAUUUUCCGACAGCUACUAACAAGACAAGGGGCGCGUAAAAUCGGAGAAUGGAGCCCUGAACUUCUCUUCAUUCGCGCUGCGAAAGGAGGUCAUGGGCAUAUAGUUGCUGAACUAUCGAAACGUUUAAGCAAGACGGUGCUGGAAUGCAUUCUCGUUGACGCUAUGGAAAAUGGAAGCACCCAAGUUCUACGGACAUUAGUCGAAAGCAUGUCCGACACCCGUCCAAAGAUCAACAUUAACUACCAAGGCAGUUUCGGACGUACACCUCUUACCUUCGCGGCUUUCUUCGGAGACAUCAGACUAGUCGCGCUCCUACUUGCGCGCCGUGAUGUCAAAAAAGCGCACAUCGACGAAGAAGGCCAUACCCCGCUAAUAGUCGCAGCGCGCAACGACAACCUAGGGGCACUGUGUCUCCUGUUGGCGGACCCAGAGGCAACCGCUGAUAUGUGGCGCCAGAAUAUUUUUGGCCAAACAAUGCUUUCUUUCGCUGCAAGAUGGGGUCAUCUGAAUAUAGUGGAGAGAUUGCUGGACCCCGCGCUGGGCGUGCCAAAGGAGGUCGUCGGGCGGGCUAUCCAGUUGGCCGUGCGAGAACUACCAGGACCGGAAGGCGUGCAUACUUUAAACACGGACCGGAUCCGCGAUGGUGUGAUGCUGAUGAAGGACUAUGCUGCUAAGAGGGGGUGGCUGCUAGAAUCUUCAUCUUUUUCAUCUGAACGAGAGGAAGACGACAAUGAUGAUCCAUCCUAA